CACUGACAACCCCGCGCCUUUCCUUUGCCUUCCACGCGCGCUCCGCAACCUCCAAGCCAAGUGACGAAUCUCAAGGUUGCCUUGGGAGCCUUUGGUUUGGGGGCAAAACAUUUGGAAUUCGAAGCCUUCAGCUGUCCGUUCUGCAUUCGGAUUUGGACAGACUUUCCUCACACACUUGCAAACGCCAGCAAAUCCACCAGCAUGGCGACCGUCAACGUGGUUAUCAAGCACGGGCCCAAGAAGUACGAUGUCGAGGUCGAUACUACCGCUCCCGGCGAAGAGCUCAAGUACCAGCUCUUCAGUCUCACAGGUGUCGAACCCGACCGUCAAAAGAUCCUCGUCAAGGGUGGCCAGCUGAAGGAUGAUACCGACAUGAGCAAGCUGGGCCUCAAGCCCGGUCAGGUUAUCAUGAUGAUGGGAACGCCAGGAGAGGGCGGAGGUGCUAUCGUGCGCCCAACAGAGAAGGUCAAGUUCCUCGAGGACAUGACCGAGGCGGAGCAAGCGCAGCAAGCUGGAGCCACACCGGCCGGCCUUAUCAACCUGGGCAACACCUGUUAUUUGAAUUCGACACUUCAGGCUUUGCGCUCCAUCCCCGAACUUCAGGAGUCGCUCGAAAAGUACGAGUUCCGAAAUGCCGCGCCCAGUGGUUCGCAGCUCGGUCUCAUCACCACCACGCCGGGAGCUGAUAUCACCUACCAGCUGAGGAAUCUGUUCAGAGAUAUGUCCAAAACUCAGGAAGGAAUGCCACCACUGGGUUUUUUGAGCGCCCUUCGCUCCACGUUCCCACAGUUCGCCGAGAAGAGUAAGAAGGGGCCAGGCUACGCCCAACAAGACGCUGAGGAGGCCUGGUCGCAAAUUGUGUCUCAGUUGAACCAGAAGCUCCAGAUCAAGGAAGGCGGGGAAGGCUCUUCCGCCGAGGCCUCGUUCAUCGGCAAGUACAUGUGCGGAGAGCUGUCCAGCACACUCGAAUGCGACGACGCUGCCGCUGCCGAAGCGGGCGAGGAGCCGACCCAUUCCAAGGAUCAGUUCUUGAAGCUCAACUGCCAUAUCGACGGCCAGACGGCGCAUUUGAGGGAUGGGCUCGCCAACGGUCUCAAGGAGAAGAUAGAGAAGAGAUCAGAGGCUCUCGGGAGGGAUGUGACCUACACCAAGACCUCCAAGAUCUCUCGGUUACCCAAGUACCUCACAGUUCACUUUGUGCGCUUCUUCUGGAAGCGUGACGUCCAGAAGAAGGCCAAGAUCAUGCGCAAGGUGACCUUCCCGCACGAGCUGGACAUGGUCGAGUUCUGCACCGACGACUUGAGGAAGGCUCUUGUUCCAGUCCGUGACAAGGUUCGCGAGGUGCGCAAGGAGGAGGAGGAUGUCGAGCGGGCCCGUAAGCGUCGCAAGAGAAACCCCGUCGAGGACCAGACUCCCGAGGAGAAGAAGGAACAGGAGAAGAAGGAGAAGGGAAAGAAGCCGUCCACGUCGGCUGACGGUGACGUGGAGAUGGGCGAGAGCUUCAAGACUGAUGCCGAGUUCGAGGCCGAGAAAGACGCUGCGCUCCUCGCGGCCAAGAAGGAGCUCAACUCCCUCAUCGACCCCGAGCUGCGCAAAGACGACGGCGCCAAUCAGUCUGGCAUCUAUGAACUUCGCGGCGUCGUCACUCAUCAGGGUGCCAGUGCCGACAGCGGUCAUUACACGGCGUACAUCAAGAAGGCCGGGCCCAAGGAUCCUGUGACUGGAAAAGUCGGCCCUGAGGACGGCAAGUGGUGGUGGUUCAACGAUGACAAGGUUACCGAGGUGACGUCGGACAAGAUCGAUGCCCUUGCUGGAGGCGGCGAGUCUCACUCUGCGCUCAUCUGCCUUUACAAGGCCAUCCCCCUGCCCACCGCCGAGGGUGUCUUGGAGUAGGCGACUUCUCAUCCGCAAAUCACUUUGUCCUUUUACGUAGACAUGACGGCAUAGCACCAGGAGAAAGGGCGUUGGUAUGGGUGGGGCUUUAUCGGACGCAGACUGUCAUUGGGUUCAAUGUUUUGUAUUCCGGUAGAACGCAGAAGCAUGGGAUGGUGAUAUGAAAACGGCAUUCGUUAGACCGGGGCUAGGUAGUGAUGGGUAAACAAUGUUUCACUGCGUCUGAUUACUUUAUUGUUGU